AUGGCUGAGUCUCUUGCCAAUGGCAGCUCUGCUAAUGGUGCUGAUGUGGAGAUGAAGAUGGAAUCCGCAAACGAGACCAGCAUGCAGGCCCUCCCGGAUGCCACGAAUGCGCAACCGCCUCCGCAACCCAUCUCGAACCUCCCAGCUGUCAUUCCACCGGAGCAGACCCUCGCAGCUCCCACUCCCCCCGCAGCGUCAACCCGAACAAACUCGAUGCCUCCUGCGCGACCGGCUCAACCAGUAGCUCACGGAGGACCAACUCGACAAUUCCUCAACCAACAUCUCACACCGCACUUACUCGAAGGCAUGAAGUACAUCGCCAUGCAUGAGCCAGACAAGCCACUUCUAUGGCUGUCGGAAUUCCUGAGGGACAGGAGCAAGGAAGUCGAAGGCUGA